AUUUCUUUUUCUUUCUUUCUUUGUCCUCUUUCUUUCUUUCAUUAUUUCUUUUUUCUUUCUUUCUUUGUCCUCUUUCUUUCUUUCAUUAUUUUUUUCUUUAUUUCUUUGUCCUUUUUCUUUCUUUCAUUAUUUCUUUUUUCUUUCUUUCUUUGUCCUCUUUCUUUCUUUCAUUAUUUCUUUUUUUUUUCUUUCUUUCUUUGUCCUCUUUCUUUCUUUCAUUAUUUCUUUUUUCUUUCUUUCUUUGUCCUCUUUCUUUCUUUCAUUAUUUCUUUUUUCUUUCUUUCUUUGUCCUCUUUCUUUCUUUCAUUAUUUCUUUUUCUUUCUUUCUUUGUCCUCUUUCUUUCUUUCAUUAUUUCUUUUUUUUUCUUUUCUUUGUCCUCUUUCUUUCUUUCAUUAUUUCUUUUUUCUUUCUUUCUUUGUCCUCUUUCUUUCUUUCAUUAUUUCUUUUUUCUUUCUUUCUUUGUCCUCUUUCUUUCUUUCAUUAUUUCUUUUUUUCUUUCUUUCUUUGUCCCUUUCUUUCUUUUUUUCAUUUUUCUUUCUUUUUUUUUUUCUUUCUUUCUUUUUUUUUUUUUUCUUUUUUUUUUCUUUCUUUCAUUAUUUCUUUUUUUUUUUUUCUUUCUUUGUCCUCUUUCUUUCUUUCAUUAUUUCUUUUUUUCUUUCUUUCUUUGUGCUCUUUCUUUCUUUCAUUAUUUCUUUUUUCUUUCUUUCUUUGUCCUCUUUCUUUUUUUCAUUAUUUAUUUUUCUUUCUUUCUUUGUCCUCUUUCUUUCAUUAUUUCUUUUUCAUUAUUUCUUUUUUUCUUUCUUUUUUUGUCCUUUUCUUUUCAUUAUUUUUUUUUCUUUCUUUCUUUGUCUUUUUUUUCUUUUUUUUUUCUUUCAUCCUCUUUCUUUUUUUUCAUUAUUUCUUUUUUCUUUCUUUACACUCUUUUAUUUUUUUUUCAUUUUUGUUCCGUCCUUUACUACAUCUUUCUUUUCCUUCCUUCCUUCCUUCCUUCCUUCCUUCCUUCCUUCCUUCCUUCUACCCUUCCUUCCUUAUAA